GAAACAACUAAAGUCGUCUGUGGUCUCAAUUCUCAUUCACUUUUUCAACCUGACUAAAGUUUUGUAAAAAAAUUUAGAAAAGUGAACAUUAAGUUCAAUAAGCAGGAAAAAUGAGCGGCAUAGUUAAAGCGACCCAUAGAGUGCUGCAAACAUGCGUUAAAACUGCGAACUUAAGCGGGUUGGUUAGUCGCACACAGACGGCUGUGAAACGCGACUUUACUAGGGGUAUAUGGCACAUGAGCUGCUCUCGAAGGUUAGAUGGGACCCUGGCUUCCACCAGCUUGCUACACAACCAUUCCAAUACUUGCAGCUGCGGCUGCGGGUUGAAGGCGCUUCACACGAAAGCCGAUAAAGAAGACGAACACUCCAUUAAACCCAAGCCCCUUGGUGAAAGAGAACUGGUAGAGUUCCUGACAGAAGAAAUAGUUGCUGAACGCAAAGCACAGAAGGUCAAGUCUCUCCCUGCUGAAGUCGAAGGCUUUACUGUAAAGGGAGACGGUGCUGAAGUUGUUUUAACAAAGCAGCUUAAAGAUGAAACAAUUCGUGUCACAUUCAACGUUAAUCACACUGUGGACUCUGAUGACUUUGAGGGUGAUGUUCAGACUGAGAAGCAAGAGUUCUCUGAGAUGCGUUCCAAACCUCAGUUUGAGGUUGACCUAGUCCGAGGAGACACCACCCUUGGUUUCACCUGCUCCUAUCUUCAAGAUCCACCUGCAGCUUCUGCUGAUGAAUAUAACGAUGUGUUCGGCAUUGACGAAAUAACCCUAUAUAAGGGUGAAUGGAAUGACAAAGUGUAUGCAGUCGCUGGUGAUGUGCUCGAUGGGUAUUUGUACGACCUACUCAUGAACCUACUAGAAGAGAAGGGCAUAAGCAAUGAAUUCGCGCAGAAGCUGUCGGACUUCAGUACUGCCUACGAGCACACGGCGUACAUCAAUCUUCUGGAGUCCAUAUCUAAAUUCACCAUCGGAAAAUAAUGUAACUUCAAACUAAAAUUUUAAAUAACAUACAAACAUUAAAUUUUAUUUUUAUUUGCUAGUUCUGUAAACAAUUAAAAUUUCGAAAAUCGAAUUGCUACAGAUCCAACAAUAGUGCAAAUUAAAUGGCGGGAAUUUUGACAGUUACAUUGAAAAUUGAAAAUUGUGCUGCAUUUGUUGAUUUUAAGUGAAACUUUUAUUUUGUUCAUAUUCACAAUGGUCUUCGAUGAUGUACUUUGUUUUUCUUCUGUUAAACACACCGAAUGUAUGAAAGCGGAUAGUAUUUUAGUUGUGGUCGGAGGAAGUUUUUGUGCUAGUACAGCUUUAAGUUAGUUAGUGGACGUUCGUGUGUUAAUUGUUCUAGUGUUAAUGUUAGUUAUGUCUCAAUAAAAAAGUUCAAAUU